AUGGAGGCCGUGCUCUACCUGAACCUCCUGGACUACCUCCUGGUGAUCCUGUGGGCGCGGGAGUUCCGCCAUGCACCAAACCUGACCUUCCUCCAGGACUUCAUGCUGGACGACCUCAAGGACCUCGUCGCCUUCGUGGUCGAGGAGAAGAUCGCUGGCCUUGUGGGAGCGAUUCAAGAAGCUUUGAGGAGGUUGCUUGGCGUUUUGGAGGAGGAAAAGGGGGCUGGAGGUGGUCGCCAUGUCUCCAAAAUGGACCUUGCAGCUUGGCAUCGACAUAUCAAACAGGGUCACAUCCCCUUUCGUGCUGACUGCCGCAUUUGUGGGGAAGCUAUGGGCUGCGACAAACCACACAAGAGGCUUGGGGGGAGCGCCACGAAGUUCACUAUGUCAGCCGACCUUUGUGGACCGUUUCCUGAAGGGAAAGAUUUGGGCACAGGAGUCAUUUGCAAGUACGCACUGGUCUCAACUGUGGCCGUCCCCAUCAUCUCUGAGCUUCCAGGUGAGGUUACUGAGCCAUGCGACACCGCCAAGGAUGUGGAGCGCACGGAGGAGAUUCCCUGCGAGCCAGAAGACCGUGACCUAGUCCCUGAAGAUGAAGUCCGGAGGCUCAACGAAAUGGCUGAGAUUGAGAAGUCUCAAGAACCUCAAGGACAUCAAAAUGUCACCCUGGCUGAAGUGAUCCCUGAUCGCACGGUGGAGUCACUGGUCCGUGCUUUGUCCCGCUUGCACGCCAAGUACCGCAUGCUGGGCAUCCAGGCGAUCAUGGAACUCCAAGAGGUGCCUGCCGUGAAGCAUCGCAUCACUGGAAAACACCCACCUCCACUACCUGACCAUCCACUGGCUGGCCGCGUGGGAGCGCUCUAUGAGAAGUCAGUUCCAGCUCUAUCAACUUGUAGAGCUGGGGGGGAGGACUCUCUGGAUUCUUUGGACUGGUCUUCAUCGUUGGAUGUUGGCAAGUCGCUUUCUGUCAGGCUUGAGCCACAGGGGGAGUUGGAGGAGGUGAAUGGUGGCCACGAACUACAUGAUAAGGUUGAACCUGGUGAUGAACUUUUGCACCAUGACCUUCAGGGGGAGGUCGAAGAUCCACUGCUGUGUGAUUGGCAGCAGGUGGAAAAGUGGCAUGAGCUAGAACAACGGCGACACUGGGCGCUCAAACAGCUUUGGUGUCAAGGCCUUCGUGAAGUUGCAGUUGGUGAGAACUCCGGCAGUGUCCAUGGCAGCUGGCUUCAUGAAGUUGAACUACUCCUCAAGGGUGCUGAAGAUCAACUGUCGUUUCAGCACUCUGCAAUCGAGAACUUCAAGCUGUCGGCAUUGGCUCCAUCAAUGGGAACCCCAGAUGCUCCAGCAACAGUGCUUCAGACCUAUACGGUCUCACUACAGCAAGUUCGCAGGGAAUUGGAAAAAUGGAAACCUCCUCUGCGUGAUGAAUAUAGGCAGCUGGUGUCCUCAACUCAGGCAAUCAAGCCUACUACAGAGGAAAAGUUGCGCCUGGAUCCAAGGUUUCCCACCAUGGAGCUGGCUCCAGCGAUGCUUGUUCCUACAGUCAAAAGUCCUCAUGGACGUCUUCGAGCUCGGGUGGUCAUUUGUGGAAACCAUCUCACCAAGGUCAACGAAGAGAGCAACAACUCUGCAGGUGAGACUCAGCCCAAGGACUCAAACCCGUUCUCGCUCUAUGCAGGUGGAGCAGAUGGAACUACGUUGCGCUGCUUGAUGAAAUGUGCGGCUGAAAACUCGUGGUCAGUCGGCACGGUGGACAUCAAAACAGCCUUCCUUCUUGCGCCACGACCUGACGAACAGGAACGUCUGCUAGUCGCUCGUCCACCAAAGGUGUUAAUUGAAGCUGGAAUUUGCGACGCUGCGGAACUUUGGGAGAUCUCGCAUGCCGUCUACGGGCUGAACGAUGCUCCAGCAAAUUGGUCGCAGUACCGUGACCGUGAACUACCUCAACUGCGCUUCUCGGCAGGAGGUCAUGACUACCAGCUGGUGUCCACACCGGAGCCAAACCUUUGGAAGUUGAUCAAAACCGACCCUGGUGCUCUUCCGCAGGAGGACAACUCUGAAGGCUUCCUCGCUGUGUACGUUGAUGACAUGCUUGUUGCUGCACCAGGUCCCUUGGCAAAGUCGGUGAUCGAUGGGAUCAGGGCUCAUUGGCGGUGUUCGGAACCAGAGUGGGCGACGGCAGAAAAGGCCAUCAAGUUUUGUGGCUUUGAGAUCAGCUGCAGCGACGAUGCGGUGAUCCUCAACCAGGCCUCAUACACUCGAGAUCUUUUGUCUCGCCAUGAAGGCAUCAAACCACGUCAAACGCCUCUUCCUUUGGGAGUUCAAGAUGAAGUUGAAGCUGAUGUGCAAAUCUCCCAAGUCCGACGAGCUCAAGCUUUGGUCGGAGAACUUCUUUGGUUGAGUGGCCGCACAAGACCAGAUCUUUGCUACGGUGUCUCCAUCAUGGGACGUUUGGUGACGAAAGCGCCGACUAAGGUUCUGGAGUGGGGUGCUCACAUGUUGGGCUACUUGCAGCAUACAGUGGACUACGAGCUUCGCUACACCAAGCAGGUGGUUGAGUCGUGCAUCGCUGUCCAAGUCAAGGUUGAUGGCUAUUCUGGGCGGCAUCAUUGGCAUGGCGGCAUGGAACCCUUCGCAGGAAAGUCACAAGGUCCACCUCCAGUUGAUGACACGCUGGAACCACCCCAACGACGGGCGACUUUGGAUUCGGUGGCAGAGAACUCCACUGGUACUCCAUCGUCUGAACAGGUGGAAUUUCCGACGGCCAAUGUGACCUGGGUGAGAACUGAAGUGCAUUCGGUGAGGAGGACUUCAUCGUCAUCGUCCUCUGCACCUUCACAGACCUCUCCCAGCACAAGGUCCAGUGCGACUGGAUCUACGGCAGCGGCUCGGGGCUCAGACGCCAUUGAUGCUGGCGUGACCCUUGGCUACAUGGGGCGACUUGGCGGCUACCUCUCUCGCGGGGAGAACCUGCGAUCUGGGCCGGCGUCGAGCGCCACAGAAAGUGAAAGUGAAAGGGAAGAUUGGAGGAGGAAUUUAGAUGUGAGCUCAACCAGCUCAGUUCAGGGGCACGAAACGACACUACCUCCUGGACUUCCUCCUCUACACGAACACUUGGAUGAGGUGCCACAAUGGAUGGGCAUUGUGAGCCAACUCCCAGUGAGGCAGCGUGGUGUGCCGGGUCAAAGUGACCAUUUGAGGGAUCCUGAUUCGGAUUCAGACGGCUUGAAUGAUCCAGAUUCCUUCUUCUUUGCACAAAGUACUUUGGAUGAUCUUGAGGCCUCAAAGAGGCUCCUUAGGCCCUUGUCAGACCUGUCCAUGCUUUUCUUCUCGCCUCUUUGCCGCGGCUUCAGCUUGUACAAAGUUGACAUCGAUGAGCACCAGAGCAUAUGGCUUGCCAACUCCGUCUCCACGGUGAAAGAUGAUGAGCACACACGGGAUGAAGUCAGGUUGGCAGGGGAAGUGCUCGAAGUCGACUCCGAGUAUCGAAAGCCGCUGGAUUUGGUGAGGUCUGGUCCAGAGGCUUUUCCCUUAGAAGACCAGGUGCAGCUCCUAAAGAGUGAGGUUGAGAGCUUGAGGAAUUUGCUUGCAGCCACCCGUAGGCUGAUCGUGACCGACUUGCAGGACAGAUCCGACAUCGGGACAUUCAGUUUGGUUUCUGAGGUGAAGUUAUCUGAGGCUGACCUUGAAGCCGAUCGCAUUCGUUCCGCAGGUGAUCCAUCAGCCCCGAGGCCCAGUUCAGCUCCCCUUCUGGAGUCGACCAGCCGCGAGGCUGCAGCGCAGGCAGUCGGGCGCUUUCUCAGGCGGGCCUUGGACGGUCAGCCCCGAGGAGAGUCCGGCAGGGACAAGAUUUCGCAGGCUUCGCGCUACUGGAUCGUGGUGAGGGGAUUCGAUCGUCGUGUUUUUGAUCCAGUUCGUGUAUUUGGCAAGUGGGCUCCCGCCAAAGAGCUGGUCAAGAGAGGAUCGGAACUAGGAGACUCCGUUUUUGUUGGGCUGCCCGCCAUCGAGGGCAUCAAGUGUGCCUUGCAGGCCCUGACCAAAGUCAUCAGUGCAGAGGUGGCAACGGCCGAGUCCGAAGACCGAAUGGUCUUGCUGCGCGCAGAGAAUUUGAAGCUGUGGAUGGGGUUCCUUCGAGAAGACCUAGUUACAGAAGUUGCCUUUUUGACUGUGGAGGAGGAGGCGGAGUUGAGCGAAGAAGUACAGAUCUUUACUCUGGAUGGCUUCAAUCAAGCUUGGCCGGCUGCUCAGGCUUUAGUCGAUGUCGGCCAGGACCACUUUGCUUUCUUCACAGUCCCGGAGGAGGUUUUUCCUUUGGGGGAAGCUGGACUGGCUGCUCAAGCCGGCGCGGAGGCUCAAGAAGUAUGGUGUUCGCGACCUUUCCUCUCGAGUGCUCAAGCUCGAGACAACCAUGGACUCUACGGCGGAGGGGAUUCAGACUCUGCUCAAGCGAGGCGGGGAUUCUCUGCCCCGCCAACCUGCUGCCCGUGUGAAAGAUCCUCCAGUGCUGCAAUGGUGAAGUCUGCACGGAAUGCUGGCAUCGACGAGAAAGUCUUGAGAGAAAUGCAAGCCCUCAUGGCGUCAGCUGCGCCUACCAAGAAGAAGCUCAAGGAGCCGCGUCAAGUGACGCUCAAGCCUGGAGGAGGCAAGCGAUCGAGCAUUGCGAGAAGGGCGCUGACGAAGGCUUUGACUCACUCCCCACAAGAGCUCUACAUGCUGAUCCAGAAGUUGAUGGAGGAGGAUCUGCAGGGGCGUGUGAUGACUCCAAACAUGCCAAGGGCGGCGCUCUCCGCUCGCGCCUGGGUCGAACACAGGUCCUACAUCGGGCAGUACAAGACUCUGACGCAUGCAGCGUGGGGGGUCAGUGGCAUCAGAAUCAUCGAUUGCUUGGUUGGCGGCCGGGUCGACGAGGCAAGAGCUCGAGCCAAUUUGAUGCUUCUGCAACUGGAUCAGGUCGCAGCCGAUCGAGGGUCGUGGCAACUGGCAUCUCUGUUGAGCUUGGAGACUCUGCCGCCCUUCGCCAACCUGGCAACGCAUCAUCCUCCAGAUGUCAGCAUGGGAGAACAACCUUUCUCCAAGCUGCUCGAUCCUCGGUGGAGCGAAGUUGCACUAGCUCAACUGAAGGAGACCGACGAGUACCUGGAGAAGAGGAAGAAACUGCAGCAGAAAGGCGACAGUUCCUGGCGCGCGAGCGUCGUCCUUGAGGAUCAGCUCCGUUGUGAAUUCAUUGCCGAGAUGGUGUUGGCUGCUUCUGGCGAAGAUCUUCGGGAUUUCUUUUAUCAGUUCAAGGUGGGCCCUGAGCGGACAGUUCGCAAUGCUUUAGCAGAUUUUUUGUGUAUUGAAGAAGCCUACGAAGUGUUUGGGAGGGAUGCCAUUCCCUCCACCUGGCAGCCUCCUAUUUACUGUGGACUGGCCACGCUGGCUAUGGGCGAUCAGAAUGCUUGUGAGUUCGCUCAGCGCUCACAUUUGGCAAUGAUGUUGAGGGCUGGCGUGCUGGAGGAAGCUGAGAUGAUAUCGCUGCAAGGCGAUGUGCCGCGCGGCUUGUUGUCCGUCGGGGUCAUCAUCGACGACCUAGUGUUGUUGGAAAAGAUCCUUGCUGCUUCAUGGAACCAGAGCAAAGACGGUCAGCCCACGCAGGCAGACUUGCGGCUGGACAAGGCCGUAGCUGCGUACCGCGAGCACCACCUUGAAGUCAACCUCAAGAAAGAGUCCCGGAACCAGACCCUUGCCCGCUUUUGGGGCGUUGAGCUCGAUGGUCAAAAGGGACUGGUGCGUGGAUCUUCGCUGCGUCUGUGGCCACUGAUCGUGAUCACGGCAAGGGUCGCCGUGCUUGGGUUGUGCACAGUGGCCUUGUUGGAGGCUACAGCAGGUUCCUGGAUUUCAAUACUUGCCGCCCGAAGAAGGCUUUUGUGCGUCGUGAACCUGAUUUUUGAGGCUACAGGUAUUGAGCAGCAGAACAUUGUUUUGAGGCGAUCUCCUGAACUGCUUGCAGAACUGUGGACUCUUGUUUGUUUGGGGCCGCUUGCGACCACCAACCUUAGAGCACAGUAUCAGCCCUUCAGUACGAGCACCGAUGCAUCCAGCGGGUGGCUUGCUGCAGUCAGGGCUUCUGUCCCUCGUGCGAUCGUGGCUGAGGUGGCAAGACGAGGAUUGCGAAAGGGCCGGUGGUCCAAGCUACUGCCAGCUCACCAGGCCUGGUUGCGGUCGCACGGGUUGUUGGGCGAAAGCGAGGAGCUGCCGGGUGAUGCCUAUGAUGCUCGGCCUAUCUGGGUUUUGUUAGCUAGAUGCCUAACCUAUGAAGAACGUUGGAGGAAGCCCGUCGCUAGAGAUACACAUAUUAAUAUUCUGGAGCUGAGAGCACACCUUUUGGAAGAGCGCAGGCUUGCACAGUGUUUCAGCCACAGCCGUUUCCUCUACGGUCUGGACUCUCAAGUGAGCCUUGGUGCACUUGUUAAAGGACGUGCUGCUUCUAGAGCUCUGAACAGGGAAAUGGUCAAGGCCCUCCCCAAUGUGAUCAGUAGCGACCUCUACAGUUCAUACAUGUACUACCCUAGCAAGGUCAAGAGAGCCGAUGGUCCGACGCGUGAUUCGCUGCCUGCUGAACCCGAUGUGCCGACGCCGGAGUGGUGGAAUGCCGCUGCUGAUGGCGACCUCGAGGGUCUUGACGCUUGGCUUAGAGUUGCAGAAGGGGAUAUCGAUCGCCCGGACUUCGACUGUAAAGAACUGUUUGCAGCCGUCAUGCCGACCGCUCGCCCUUCUCGUGGGAUUUUUAGCCGACUGCGGAAAGACACUUUGGAGAGAGCGCCAAUUGCAGUGGCGUGCAGUGAGCCGUCAGCUUUGCCCUCAGAAGCUUUGGAGAUUUUGAACUCUUUCCCGAAAGCGCAGUUCCUUUUUCCAAAAAAUUUCACUUCCUUCUCGGAACCUGGAUGCAUUGAUUUGUUUUCUGGAUCUGUUGGCAUAGCCCGAGCGAUGAUCAGAAACGGGGCGCCUUGGUGCCUCUGCUUUGAGUGGAAGCGAUCGGCAAGCGAGAAUUCUCUGAUCAGGCUGCGAGCGGUGCGAUGUUGGGGCGCAGCUCCUAUUUGCGCAUCUUUUUCAAUUGCUGUAACUCCGCCGGUGCGGAGUGCCAAGUUUCCUAGAGGGCUCCCCAAUCUGUCCCAGAACAUGAAGGUGAAAGUAUGGGAGGGGAAUGCGCAUGCCGAUUUUUUGGCAGAGCUCAUCACCACCACCGAGCAAACAGACCCUGCCAUCAUCUUUUGGUUUGAAAACCCAGACACCUCUUGGUUGUGGCGCCAAAAGAAGUUCCACCAGUUUCGACCUGCCGACUUUGAUCGUGUUUUUCGUUGUUGCUUCUGCCGAUAUGGCGCUCCAUGGAAUAAGAAGCCUACACGUUUUGAUGCUCCCGUUCUUUGUCACUCCGACCGGGAGAAGCUGUCCGCCCUGGCCCUAAGAAGAGAGGCCAACCGAGAGUUGACGGGUUUGAUUCUGUUCAGCUUUCGUCUGCGGCGACGCUACGGCUGGAAAGUGAAGCGCUUGUUCAAUUUCUUGAUUGGGCGCGUCCUUUCAGGACUGUCGACGGCUUGCGGUGCAAUCCGCCAUGCUCGUCGUUGUCUUUUCCACCUGGCCCGCCUUUGCAAAGAGUGGAUGGAGCAACACGCUCGCGAGCGCUGGAAUUUGCAGCUGGAGGAUUUGAUUGUCCUGACCUCCAGUGGCAACGUGCUGAGUGCGGAGUCCCGCGAAGAGGACGCCUUAGAUGUCUACUUCUUCACCAAGCAAUGCCUGGAAACACAGGCGGAGGUGAUCCCUGAGCGCCUCGACGCCAAGGACCCCAGCCUUGCCAGCUUCGGCGGCGCCGAGGAGCAGGAUGAUGUGCUUGGCCAGCGCUGUGAAGAUGUCAUCGAUCCUGCCUUCGAAGCUUUUCGCAGCAACAUUGCAGAGGUGCGUGCUCGCAUCGCUGAGUCAAGACCGGUCUCUGCUUUGGCCUCGCGAUGCGAGCAGCGCGUCAUCGCCCAGCGUGCUGCUGCCCGAGCGGUGCUGGAAAACCUCAAGAGCCACCGAGCAGCGUGCAGUCGCUCCAUUUCCUUGCUUGUACAGAAGAGCAACCGGGUUCAAGUGAAGCUGUCGGAUUGUUUGGAGAAGGCAGAAUCUGCCAUGAAGGCCUUGGAGUCUGUCGAGCUCCACGAAUCUUUACAAAGCGAGACUCGCCGCUGCUUGGCGGACGUGGUGCCACGGGAUCGGAUCUUGCGCUUCACUGGAGCCUUGGAGGGUGAGGGCGCUCAGCUUCUGCAACGCCUUGAGAAGUUGCAGCGCCAGGACAGUCAGCUUGAAGGGAUGUGCGAGCAGGUCGCAGAGCGGGUGGAGCAACUGAUAGAAGAGGACAGUGUAAGUACCGAGGCCAAGGCAAUCCAUGAGGAGCAGGCACGAGCGCAAAGCGAGCUACCUCGGUUGCGAGCCUUAGUGCCUUCUGCUGGUGCCGCCCCUGCAACCGUGCUUGAGGACGAGAAGCGUUCAGCGCUUCUGCGAGACAGAGUGACGACCGCCUGUGCCAAUGUGCACACCGCCUUGGACCAGCUUCAAAGCUGUUGGGACCGGCAACACCAGAUGUUUGUUCAGAGGCUACGCGAGGUGGCCUAUGUGCAGUCCAAGGUCCGCUACGUGGAAAGGCAAGCAGCCCUUUUGGAAGAAGAAGUGAAUGCACAAAGCAACCACGCCCAGCACAUCGUCCGACUGCAGAAGCUACCAAAGGCUUACAACUCUGCCCUCCGGGAGGUGGCCUUGCGGCGACAAUUUCGCGAGCGUGGGGGGCUCAGCUGA